AUGGCGGCAUUAGAGAACAUAGGUGUUGAAUACAUUCAGAGUUUCUUGUCUCGUGAGGGCAGCACAAUCAAAGAUUUAUCGGAACAUUUAAAGGAGCAGUUUCCAAAUACAACCGGUUUCAGUACUAGAAGUAUUGAACGCUUUUGCAAGGAGAAUGAUAUUAAAAGAAAAGGUGUAGUUUCAGACGAAACUUUGGAUGCACUAGUUGAGGGAGCAGUAUCACAGGUUAGAUAUUGUGAUAUUCUAUUAAACAGUAAAUUGAUCUGUGCAAGUACUAUAGGGUAUCUGCUAAUUCUCCUCUAUAGGCAUACAAGAGGGAAAAUAUUAGGAGGGCAGAAAUAAAUUAUACAGUAUAUGUAUUUAUAAAUUAAAUUAUCCAAUCAUAUGUUAGGGAUAGGGAAACCGUACAUAUUUCUUGAAUAUUCGACUAUUAUCUGAAAUAUUUCUUGCUUUUAAAUUUAUUGCCCCCAUCUUUUUGCCCAACUUACAUUUAUAAUUUGCUUCCUAUCUUGUGUUGCUUAUGCCUUUAGUAGACAUUUCUACUGCUGUUAGGUAGGACCAGUUUAUGGAAGAAAAAUGAUGAAAGGAUACUUGGAAAGUCAAGUUGGUACAACCAUUGCCUCACAGCAUCGCAUUGCCAAGUCACUUCAAAGAGUCAAUCCCGAUUAUCACCAGCGACAUGUGCAUCGGACAGAGCGACAAACAAAUCCCAUACCAUAUCAUGCAGACUAUUUUGGUCACAAACUACACAUUGACCAGAACGAAAAAUUAGUAAUGUAUGGUGUGACCCAUGUGUGUGCAAUAGAUGGGUAUUCCAGAUAUAUUACAGCUCAUUCAACCAUGCCAAUCAAAAAUAAUUAUAUUAUAUAUGAUCAAAUUUUCAGGUAAUUUGAUGCUCUUUACUGUAGUAGAAUUAUGUAGUCUGUAUAUGUACAGAACUAUAAUGACAAGAAAUUGCUUAUAUCAGAGUUACUUUCUAUACCUGAGAACAAUCCCUAAUUCAGGUAAUUUAACUUUCUGAAAGUGAAUCACAUUUUUAUACACAUGAUUUGUGAUUACAUUGCAAAUAUAGACACACAGUCCUUCAGGAGGGAUUAUUUGAUCAAAUUCGAGUGGAUCAUGGAAAAGAAUUUUACUUGACACUCUACGGACAGGAGUGUUUGGCACACUUAAGAGGAAACCCAAGGAGAGACCCUCAUCGUCAAACAGAAUCAAAAAAGGUAUGUUUGGUAUUUUCUAUAAAUAAUUAGUCACAGGUGUACAAUGUGGGGGUCAGAGGGGUUAGCUACCCUGCUCCUUCCCAUGCUGCAGAAAAAUUGAAACAUACUGUAACUCGGACAAAAAAUGGGGAUAAGGAAAAGUUGUCAGAAUAAUCUAAUAUCUGUGUGUCAUGGACUAAAUUUAAAGACUAAAUUAGAAUGAAUUUACAAGUUAGGAGUAUGUCUAUGUGAAUACUUUAAUAAAAUACCUAUACAUGCAGUAUAUGUACCAAAUAAGAAAUUGUUUUAUUGCAGAAUCUGCGAAUUGAAAGACUGUGGGUAGAAGUGAAUGCACGAGUAAACUAUCCCAUAAAGAACGCUCUACAAUCAAUGGAAGCAGAUGGUUCCAUUGACAUGGAUAGCGAAGAAAUGAAAUUCUAUGUCUCUAAUGUAUCCCGUAAAUUGGCAACGCUGGGCUUGGAAAAUGUGGUCAGAUCCUGGAACUAUCACCCAAUACCUGGUACAGUGGAGUACUACCAUAUAUAAAUGUGCACCUAUAUCAUGUGAUUUGCUAGUUAUGUAGCUAUACAGUACUAGUCCCAGAUCCCAAGCUGAUUAGGCAAACUCGAUCUUCUCUGCAAAAACGAACCCAACAGAACAUACUGGCAAAACAUAUUUGCAAAUUAUUAAUUUUUGUCUUUCAUUACUAGGUGUUGGAAAACCUAUAGAGGUGCAUGCUGCCAAUAACAGGGCAGUUCAAAUUGACCCUCAAUUAGUGCCAACUGCUGCAGAAGCUGGUGAGUCUUACGAAGGUUUGGGUGGUCAGUUAACAUUGUUUCCAUCUUUUGGGGCAGACCCCCUUGCUAACUAUGGUGAUCGUGCAGAAUCACGAGAACAACAAUUUUUAAACCAAAUUAGCAUACAGGAUAUAAUGUCUCAGCUUGUCAAUGGGAGUGACUUAUUAUUCCGGAAUGCCAUUGAACUGUUUGCAAACAUAACAAGAAAUCAAUUGACAUAA